AUGGACAAGUAUACCGCUUUGAUUAACGAUAAGAAAUUUUCAGCUUUUACAUUGAAUGUCUCAAGAUAUCCCAAAAGUCUCGCAUACUGGGAGAAGUUACUGAAUUGCAUAAUAAAUGCUUCUACGCCAAUAUAUAAAUCCACCGAGCCUCAACUACUAGAGCUGAUACGCUACACUUAUUCUUCCAUGCUAAACGAGUUUCCGUAUUUAGAAAAUUACUACAUUGAUUUCGCAUUACUGGAAUAUAAGCUGGGGAAUGUUUCUACGUCGCAUAAAAUAUUUCAACAUGGAUUGAAAGCAUUCAAUCAGAGAUCUUUGUUACUAUGGAUAUCUUAUCUGAAAUUCUGUAACAAUGUUGUCUCAAAUCAAAAGCAAUUGUUUAAAAAAUAUGAAACGGCUGAAGAAUUCAUUGGCUUGCAUUUUUUCAGUGGGGAGUUUUGGGAUCUAUAUCUGGAACAAAUUCAAUUGAGAUGUAAAGCUUUCAAAAGAUAUUGGAGCGUGUUAAGAAAGGUGCUUGAAAUUCCUUUACACUCUUUUUCCAAAUUCUACGCCUUAUGGUUGCAACAUCUAGACGGCAUAAUGGAUCUAAAGCAACUAACACAACUCACAAGUGAAGACGAAUUACUGAAGAAACUAAAAAUAGAUAUCAGAUAUAGUGGAAGGAAGGGCCCAUAUCUACAGGAAGCGAAGAAGAAACUGAAAAAGAUGACCAAGGAGAUGUAUAUGGUAGUUCAGUAUCAGGUACUCGAAAUCUACUCCAUUUUCGAAUCAAAAAUAUAUAUCAACUAUUACACAUCACCAGAAACCUUAGUUUCUUCCGAUGAAUUAGAAACAUGGAUAAAAUACCUGGAUUAUACCAUUAAGUUACAGACUGAUUCAUUAACGCACUUGAAUUUUCAAAGGGCGCUACUUCCUUUGGCUCAUUAUGAUAUUAUAUGGAUAAAAUACAGUCAGUGGUUGAUCAACGCAAAAAAUGACCUCUUAGGGGCUAAGAACGUUUUAUUAACGGGUUUAAAAUUUUCUCUGAAGAAGACUAAGAUAAUGAAGCUACUUUAUUCAAUUAUUUGUAAAUUGAAUGAUUACGAACUCCUGCGAUCUUUGUUAGAAAAAAUUGAAUCAUCAUACUCUGGCAAUAUCGAAAAUGUUGAUGAUUUUGAAAUAUUUUGGGAUUAUCUUCAAUUCAGAGUUUUCUACCAAAAUUCUGUGUCUUCAAGUCGAUAUUCUGAUUCACAAUCCGGUGGAAUCCUGAAUAAAGAACUAUUUGAUAAAGUAUGGAAACGCUUGAGCUGUAAGGAAGAAAAGAGCGGACAAGAAAUUUUGUUGAAUAACUUGAUACAGUUCUAUUCGAAGGACACAGUGGAAUUUGUAGAAAAAAAUGUAUUCCAAAAAAUAAUAGCGUCCGGUUGGGAUUACUACCUACAAAAUAGUACUUUUUGGUCGUGUUAUUGCCGUUUAAUUUAUUUUGAUGCUUCCAGAUCGUAUUUAGAGAAAAGACAGUAUAUUGUAAAAACAAUUUGGCCCCAAAUCGAUAAGAAAUUUGCUCAGAGUGUGUCGCCAUCGUUGGCGGAAUUCUGUCAAUCCUACUUUCCAGAAGAACUGGACACAUUAGAUGCAUUGUUUGCUGAAGAAGCUUGA